GUCUCUUCCUCCCACAUUCGAGAGGUCACUUUUCGACUCUUUUAGUCUUUUGUUGCUUAUAGGAAUUAAUUGUGUCUUUUUUUAAUCGAGUGCAUACAUUAGUCACUUUUUUCUACCUGUUGCUUCGUGUAUUUUUUAAUGGUGUCAUUAUCCUUUAUAUCGGCGUAGUCAUUUACGUUUUGCUGGUGACAACUUUCACAGGGUUUACCUCCAUUUCAAAGGGUUAUUAAUGAUAAAAUAGUAAAUAGUUUAUAACAGAAAAAUGGCAGCCCCUCCACCAGAUCCUGUCUACGUUAUGAAAGGGACCAUGGGUCCCGUUCAUUGUUUGCUAUUCCGCAUUUCACCUCACUAUGAACACAUUUAUGCAGGAGCUGAAAGUGGCUCGGUGCACAUUUGGGACUUGCAAAAAAACAGAGAAUUGUUGAAAUUGAAUUCAUCAGAGGCACCUUGUCAUGGAAUACAAAUUUUUGGUGAUGAAAAUCUUGUGACUCAGAGAAAAGGAGGUGCACUCAAUUUUUGGCAAGCCCAUGAUUCUCGGUGGGAGGUUACUAAGACUGUUAAAACGAAUUAUUAUGCUUUUUGUCGAUGUCAAAAAUCAACAGAAAAUACUAUGUUCAUACCUCUGAAUAAUUCAAAAAUUGGUUUGUUUUCCUUGAAAACGUAUGAAACAGAAAUAGAAUUGGAUCCUCUCAGUUUUCCAGACAUUGAUAAGCUCGGAGAUGUUAUGGCAAUGAAACCGUGUUUGGAUGGAUUUAAUUACGUACUUGUUGCCUAUGACAUUGGAAAAUUACUAUUGUGGGAUAUAAGAUCCAAAAAGAUUUUAUCAUCCCUAACUCUCGAUGCUUGUCCUAUGACUAUUGACUUUAACACAUCUGUAAUGAGUGGAGUUGUAGGAACUCCUGAAGAUAAUUUAAAUGUAUUUUCACUAUCACAAGAUCAUAAGUUGUCUAAAAAGAAGGUAAUACCUCUAAAAAAUCCAGGUACUUCAAUUGUUACUAUGAGGCCGGAUAUGAGAGUAUUUGCUGCUGGUGGCUGGGAUAGCAGAAUAAGAAUUUUUUCCUGGAAAACUCUCAAAGCAUUAGCUGUUUUGGAUACACAUAAAGAUACUGUCUACGACAUUAUUUAUUCAACCAGUAGAGUUGAAGCCUACAAUAGCAAUUGUAUAAUGGCUGCUGCUGGAAAAGAUGGAACAAUAUCUCUUUGGAGCCUUUAUAACUAAUUUGAAUACUGACUGUAGAA